AUGGGGUUUGAAAUCGAUGAAAUCAAUCCUGGGCCAAAGUAUACUCCUGAAGAAUAUAAUUCUAAGUAUGAAAGACAGUUUUCAUAUGAUUUCAGAGAGCCUCUCUUCAAUAAAUUAACCCCUAGGAGACAUUCAGAUCCAAUCAAUUAUAUAGUUGAUGAUUAUACCUUUGACAAAGGGUUAGGAAUAAGCGCUUAUAAAGUUACUGGUUUGGCUGUUGUAUUCGUUUAA